AUGUCACUCAACGAAUCUCCCCGCAUCCCCGAUCAUCGUCUCGACAACAAUGCAUCUAUAAGGUCUAGCUACAGUUCCUCCUACUCCACUGUACAACCCUCUAUCAGGGGACCGCCACCCCAGAUCCGCCGAGUCAAGACGGUCUCGCAACUCACGAGAUGGGUGUCAAAAAGAAUGUCACGCUCAUCCCUAGACGUAAUAGCCAGUGGAAACGAGCUGAGCAAGAAGAACCUCAACGAUCUUAAUCUAGCGACAACAAUGAGUGUGGGUGAUCUUGCUGAGGCCCAUGGCAGCUUGAAUUCCGUCAAGCCCUUGCUACCCACUGCACCAGCGAAAACAAUCGAUACAAUUCAAAAUAGCUCGGCAGAGACAUCAUCAGAGCAAUCACCUGAGAAUGCCCGGGAGAUUCUGUUGCGCAAGUCAUACGCCGCAUUCUGCGAAGAGUUUACUCUGUCAGGGCCACAGAGGCCUAAGAGGAAGUUUGAUAUCUCGAUGGGCAUAGGAGAGACGGACGAGGCAUAUACAAACGACGCACAACCAAGAAUCGAUACGACAAUGGAUUCACCGGGUGAUAGAACAGUCGUUGAAGACAAAGCGAUCGACUACAAAGCCCCGAAUGGGAGUGCUGAAGGCAGCGCGACGUUAUACGAGAGCAACUUCCUGACUGACGAGGACAUUCCAUCAAUCCUCUACCCUCAGCCACCUCCCCAGAUCAUGACCCCGCGGGUGUACCAAGAAAUGCAGCGAGCUACACGAGAGCGACAGCUGGCUCGACGACAGAGAAUAUUAGGACCACUCCGUUCCUUGUUUUCUGAAAGGCAGUCGUUGCCGGGACACCAGUUGGAUAUGAAGAACCAUGACAGUUGA